AUGUGUCUACUCACAGAUUUCUCCAUCAAGGCCAAUCAACCUGUACCACUGUCUCAGAAGACCUUGGCUCAGUUCAUUUAACCCUUGGCCACAGAACCAGGAGCCUCUGGGCCCCCAAGUUGGCGUGCUGUCUCUAUCUCUACUCGUCUCAGUUCCAAAGACCAGGCCCACCAUAGGCCACUGCACCUCAGGGGUGUGACUGGCCCCUCAUCUGAGUCAUCUUUCCUGAGCCCCAACGUGAACAAUUCUCACGUUUUCAUUGGCAAGCGGUUCUUAUUCGAGGGCUGGCAGCAGGGAGGUAGAGUGAGAUUUUCUGGAUUGUACCUCCAGCAACCCAUCCAGGAGAUCAAUCUAGAGAACAUAUACAAAAGGGGCCAAGAACCAGGGAGCCACUUCAGUGCCAGCAGAACUCAGCAGACCAUAAAUGCUACAUUGGACAGUUAUUUGGAUGGUACUGUAUGUUACAGUCCUAACAGAAUUAGCCAGCUCUAUCAGAUGUUGACUGAUCACAUCAGUAAGUUAAAAGAUGUAAACCCACCUCGAUAUAAUUUGUGUCAGGUAGUGGUUGGGCAAAAUGGUAAACAAUGUAUAAGGGUUUUAAGCUGCAGCCUUAUCAACACUGACAGCUACGCGUCUGCUGUUUACCAAAACCACUCAGUAUUUGCUGUGGCUAUAGUAGUGUUUAUUGCUCAGUCACAAAAUGAAGAAAACAAACAAAUAGUGCACCAUAGUUCAAAGAGGCCAGCCGAUGGCCAAGGACAGGAGAUCUUCCGCUGA